AUGCCGCCCAUGCCGCGCCGGGUGGUUGCGUCAGGACGGUCUUGUCUCGAAUGCCGUCGCCGCAAGAUCAAAUGUGACCGAUCCCUGCCAUGCGCAUACUGCACCCGCACACGCAUAGAAUGCACGUAUCCACCAAAACCAACAGACAGAGAAGCCGUAUCUUCCGACCACGACCCACUGUUAGCUCGCGUAGAGAGACUGGAGGGCAUUCUACAAUCCCUGCAAUCCGACCUCGCGCAAGUCCGCCAUCGUCUGCCGAUUAGCUCCAACAACUGCCAAGAACACGAAGGCGACCAUGUUGGCUCUGCGGUCGAACAUGGCCUGCGCUGCUCCAGCCCGACAUCUCAUCCUUCUCGGUCUUUCGCUGGGCGGUUGGGGCAUUCGUUCCCGUUCCAUCUGGGCUAUCCACUACCACUGGGGCCACUCCAUCCGUCUCCGCCUGUGAUAUCGGCCAUCUGGCAGACAUACCUGGACGUCGUAGACCCGGUCCUCAAGAUAUUUCAUGUCCUAACUGUUCAGCGACAUGUUUUCAGUCUCAUUCGCGGUCAACCAGUGCCCAAUGCCCCCAUAGAAUGCUUGAUGUUCGCAAUUUACUACUCCACUGUCAUGGCCAUGUCUGCGGCAGAGUGUCAAAGCGAGUUUCACGAGGACAGGGCAACGCUACUGAGCCGUUAUCGGAUGGGAGUGGAGCAAGCUCUUCUGAGAGCGAAUUUCCUGAAUUCGGUGGACAUGAUAGUCCUUCAGGCGUUCAGCCUCUACCUGAUCUGCGGCAGACGGGAUGAGAAUGGGCCUGACGUAAGCACGCUAAUCGGCCUAGCCAUUGGAACCGCUAUGAAGAUCGGGCUUCAUUUUGAUGGAGCGGCUACGGGGCUCCCUCCAUUCGAGGUGGAAAUGCGACGCCGGCUCUGGUGGCAGAUUUGCACGCUGGACGUCCGAACGGCCGAGGACCAUGGCUUGGAGCCUAGUAUUAUGGAGUCCGCCUUCACCACCGAACUUCCCUCCAACAUCAACGAUGCCAGCCUGGAUCCAAGCAUGAGCGAAAUCCCCCAGGUUCAACCGGGACGGACGGAGAUGCUGUUUAGCCUUGUCCGGUUUGAAGUAAGCCGCUUCGCACGGAGGGUGGUGUUCUCGGAUAGAUUUUGUGCCAGCAACUCCUACCCUGUCUUGCAUGAGGGGCAGAAGUGCAAGGCAAUUGACCAGUUCAGAGAGCACAUAGAGCAGCAGUACCUGGCAUACUGCGAUAAAGGAGUACCACUGGACUGCGUCACCGCUGCCAUCACUCGUCUCAUCUUGGUCAAAUUGAAACUGGCUGUAUGCAAGCCACGAAGGGAUCGAAAACUGGUAAUGCCUGUGCGGAGCAACUACUGGAAGGUCUGUGAGGAUGUCCUCCACCAUGCGUCCAGAUUGCGACAGUAUGAGAGAGGGACUCGGUGGUUGUGGCUGUUUCAGACCUACGUCGAAUGGGACGCCCUGGCCUAUCUUCUGCUGGAGCUCUGUCUCGCGCCCUCGGGGGGCCGAUUGGGCACAGCGUGGAAGGCGGCAGACGAGGUCUAUCACCACUGGAACAAUAACCCAGACAUCCGCCGUGAUCGUCGCUGGCGGCACAUUGAGGAACUUCGAGCCCAAGCAUUGACUGUGCGGGAGAGGAUGCAGGCGGCUCCUGACGUGCCUAUGAUGAUAUCACCCACUUCUCACAACAGCCCUGAGCAGUCUGAUCUACAGGCCACAGUGGUCACCGAUGACCCAGUCCACAACACUGGUAUGCCUCAGGUGUCCAGCUCAACGAAAAGCACAGAGGAGUGCUCGCCCCUUCUCUCAGCCAUCCCAAGAACAGAAUGCGAUCCGUCCACUGGACACGCGUCUGCCAUGUGCGGCCUUGCCAGUGUAGCCACAGAGACCGCUACAGCCCCCUUGGCUCCUAAUACCAUUCCCUCAAGCAGUGCCGAGUUACCAGGCGGAGGUACUGCCUGCGAAUGGAGUGCUGAGCUUUUCGAGCAGUAUUGGCAGGUUGCAGAACCUGGAAAGGGCGAUUCCCGAUGGUGGCUGUAG